UAAACUCGGUUGUUGACACUCUCCAAAAGUCCGCACGGCUCCUCUGGAUAACGGAGGCUCUGUUCCAGCUCGUCUCUUCUGUCUCCAGGACGGACAGACUCUUCUGCUAACACGGGACUGUCCAGCGUGGAUUCUCUCUUUUUUUUUUCUCUUCUUUUCUCUGCGUGGGGUUUGAACUUUUCCUGCUCCCUUCAUCUCGCUCCGAGAGAGAAAUGGCAGAGAAGCGGAGGUCUCCGUGCGCCCUGAGCGUAAAGGCGCACGCAUUCUCGGUGGAGGCGCUGAUCGGGGCGGAAAAACGACGCAGGACGACCGGAGAGGAUGCCGUGUCUCCCGGGUACGAGGACGGGACUGACGUGUCUGAUCUAACCGGGAUUCCGGGACUGCGGGCCGACAGAGCGUGCACGAGCGACCGGGGCAGCGAGGCGGAGUGUGCAAGUGACGGAUCCCCUGAGAGCGACGACGCGCUGCUGGAGAGCCCGCAGCCCACGGCUCUGUGCGCGGCGCCGGUGACCGGAGGAGCCGGAGAGGAGACCCGGGUGGACCUGCAGGGAUCAGACCUGUGGAAACGGUUCCACGAGAUCGGCACCGAGAUGAUCAUCACGAAGGCUGGACGGCGGAUGUUCCCCGCCAUGCGCGUCAAGAUCACGGGUUUGGACCCACAUCAGCAGUAUUACAUCGCCAUGGAUAUAAUCCCCGUGGACAACAAACGAUACAGAUACGUGUAUCACAGCUCUAAGUGGAUGGUGGCGGGGAAUGCGGACUCCCCUGUGCCGCCCAGAGUGUACAUCCACCCGGACUCCCCGGCUUCAGGAGAGACGUGGAUGCGUCAGGUGGUGAGCUUCGAUAAACUCAAACUGACCAACAACGAACUGGACGACCAGGGACAUAUUAUUCUUCACUCCAUGCACAAGUACCAGCCGAGGGUCCAUGUGAUCCGUAAGGAGUGUGGCGAGGAGUUAUCCCCAGUGAGAGCCAUCCCUGCCGGGGAAGGAACCCACACUUUCUCCUUCCCCGAGACUGUGUUCACCACCGUCACAGCUUAUCAGAACCAACAGAUUACAAGGCUGAAAAUUGACAGGAACCCAUUUGCCAAAGGCUUCAGAGACUCUGGCAGAAACCGGAUGGGUUUGGAGGCGUUGGUCGAGUCGUACGCGUUCUGGCGUCCAUCUCUGCGAACGCUCACGUUUGAGGACAUCCCUGGAAUGGCCAAGCAAGGAGUCCCAGGAGCUCAUGGAGGGAUCGGACCAUCACCUCACCUGCUCUCUACGUCCCCGUGCUCCUCACCUUUCCAGGUUUGCCCUCUCAGCCCGCCUGACUACACCUGCAGCCGACCAACGCACCCCCUCCACCGCUACGGCAACCCCCCAGAGCCCUUCCCUCCUCCCAGAGGAUCGUCCGCAUACGAAGGCGAAGCGUUCUGCUCCCUGCCACUCCCUGCUUCUCAGCUCGGCUAUCUAUCCAACCCCACCCCGCAGGGCUACGCCGGUCUUCGCCUCCACACGCCGCCCUACAGCCUGUACGGUUACACAUUCCCCCCCUCGCCACGCCUUGCUGCCAGCCCCGAUAAGAUGGCCGCCGCUGCCACUACCAAUCACCAGAGCCCCUUCCUUGGCUCGUCUCCCAGUGGGACUCUAACGGACAGUCUGGGUGUGCUCAGCGGAGGACAGCAAGGCUUCUUGUUCGACUCUCGGACUUUAGGACUGGCCGGUAGCCAGCCGGGAGGUGGGGCCUCACAGGUCACUGCCCACAUGGGCUGAAUUUGACUCCCACGAAAAGUAAAACGACACCCUGGAAUGAGUUGCUUUUGGUUCAGAGUGUUCUAUGAAUUAAUUAUCCACGUGUUGAACUGUGGACAAACAGAAAGGAGUGAAAUCAAGUCAUUGCUUCUGUGAACACGAGCUGUACCUGACGGGAAUAUUUCUCAUCUUUCGAGCAUGUUUUCUACGACAUGCAUGUGCAGCUGCAAUGUUCAAUAAAGGAACAAUGGAUGAGGAGUAAAGUAAAAACGAUGUAACCCACUGACUCAACUGGAAAUGAAUUUGGACUGGGCUGAAACUGGGCUGGCCCAGACUAUCAAAGCAAGCACUUCAACCCCUUUGGCAGGAGGCCCUGAAGCAGUAACUAUGAUACUCACAGCAUUUUACAUCGCCUCCACGAUGUUGCCGACUUUGGAAGGAGCUACCAAACACUACUUUUAAACUCGUAAACCUUUUCUCAUUACAUGCCUGAUCAUGCACUCCUAGCGAUAUGCACUACAGGCAGGGCCUUUUCACCACUCUGACUUAUGAAAACACACAACAUCCAGAGCCUGACGCAUAUUAACGAGAUGACAUCAUGGCCUCGAGAGACCGCCGGAGAUAUUCUGGUGGACUGAUGAGGUCAAAGCUGUGGGAGAGUGACGGCUGACGAACUGAUACUCCACUUUGACCGACGUUUACUUGAUGCAGCUGUUUGGAUGUCGGGCUGAAGAACACUUUUCCUUGUGUGACAAUGGUACAUGACUCUGUAUAUAGCGGUGGGGGGGGGAGGCGGGUGGGAGGAGAGAUGUGUAUAUAAAGGGCUGUGUGACCCUUUGCACUUAAAAACCCCAAUGCACCUGCUUCUGCUCUUUAGACUGGGUCAGGUACGCAGCGGUCUAUUACCCUGAACUUGACUGAAAAGCUUUUUCUCUUUUUUGCAAAACAAACUAUUAUCAGCGAAGCCCUUUUUGGCCAGACAUUAACAUUUUCUGUGACCUUUGUCGAGCCAAAUAAAUAUAUGUAUUCAUGUGUUUGAAUGUAA